AUGGACCCAUUGCGGCUUUCCCAGAUAGAUGAGGCGUCGCUGUCGUCGCUGUCGCUGCGGUCGCUCGACUCAGACCCCCAGUCGACCGCCGAGAACGUCCAGUCGUACCACCCUCCAGACCAUCCCAAAACAAGACAAAACUCCGCUGCGUCUGUGCCGACGCCCUGGGCAGCAGACAGCUCGAAAACGCCCGAUCAGCACCCGCGCCGCAACUCUGGAUUUCGCAGACGUGCGUCCACGCUCACCUCGUGGCUCAAACGUGGCGUUUCCGAGGAGGGGUCGCAGGAGCCGUCCAGCCGACGACUCACGAGACAGUUCACGCAGCAGACGGCCCCGGGGACGUCGCCGUUUUACGUGGAUGGCCUGAUUCCCAGCUCGGCCAACGACGCCAACGAGGAGGUCAUCUCUGCGGUGCUGAACAGCGACGACUCGGACUCAGAAAGCGACCACGACGACGGGAGUCAGGCGGCGUCUUUGGCCCGCGAACCUACGAUCACAAGGCUCAACAGCAUCCGACGCCAGGUAACCAACGAGGUCAAGGACACUCUUAGUAAGAUCGGCUUUUUCGACCCCAAAUUCAACAAAGUCAAGACCGUGCUCCAUUUUGUCAAGGGCUACGCUUUCAUCACCGGCGUAAUUAUGGCCAUCUACAUACGUUGUCGAGGCUACCAAAAUGAUGCCGUUGAUCGGCACAUGGCUCCCGAAGCCGUACCAGACGAUCUCGAACGACACAGAUCAGCUGCACUCGAUACUCACCCACAAGGUCUACAGACAGCACAUUUGGGGCGCCGUGCUCGUGCAGCCGAGCGCCGGGACGCGGUAUCUCGAGGCGUUGCAGAAGGGCACGAGCUUCAACACGUCGGACGUGGUGGAGGUGAUCUACGAGACAGGGCGUGA